UGGCGGUUGUGUAUUGAAGGAAGUGAAAGACUACAGGAAUAUUUGAACUGCAAUGUGACGUUGUUGGGGUUAUAUCUCGGGUUGCAAAGAUGUGUAUCAGUUACAAGGAAGCGUCUGUUUUUGAAAUUUUACAGAUCAACGUUUAUUGUGGAACAUAGCGUCGCAAAAUUUUAUUUGGAGGGUUAAAAUUCGAAUCGAACGUGACCGAGUUUGGAUAUGCAAUGGCUUCUGUUAGUUGCACGUUCUGUAGGAAAUCACGACUCCAAGCGGGAUUCUGUUUAUUUUAUUUAUUUGUAAUUAUAGGAAUUGUAGCCUCGAGUAAGACCAGCUUGAGAAAGUGCGCUAAAGGUGGCCGGGAAUGGAACAGCGCAACACUUCGAGAUGGGGCGCUUGCUGGAGAUUUUUCAAUUCUCAAACGCACUACAAGCAUGACCACUUGCAAAGAACUGUGCUGUGCAAAUGAUUCGUGUGAACUGGCGUUGCUUGUCAAUGGUGGCUGCUUCUCCGUCCAGUGCACGUCCGCCGAAGCGUGCAUGCCACACAGUGUGAAGAGGGAUGGAGUUGUGGCUCCUAGAAUAUUCGUACGGAAUAUAG